CGAAGGCGGGCUCGUAGUCGUCGUUCGUUCGCUCGGCAUCUGCGGCUUCUCGUCCGUUCACACGACGCGAGAACGACGCACGCAGCUCCCCCCCCCCCACCACAGCAGCAGCAGCAACAAGGCGGAGCGCACUGCUACGGAUCUCCGUUCAUUGUCUCCCAGCGAGCCAUCGGUGCUUCGUUGGUGUCGUUAAAUAAUGCCUUUGGGAAGGAGGAAAACCAAUCAGUACCUGGAGUUGGAGGAAUCCAAUGAUGUCAGCUCGAUCACUAAGCCAGCAGCACAAAAUGUGGAACCAAAGACAUUCUCAGUGGAGCAGGCCGUGGAGCACAUGGGGUUUGGCCGCUUCCACAUCUUGCUACUCUUCAUCAUGGGCAGCACCACGAUUGCCGAGUCGAUGGAGAUCAUGUUGCUGUCGGUCAUCUCCCCCACAAUCCAGUGCGAGUGGCGGCUGCAGCAAUGGCAGGUGGCUUUAGUGACCACGAUGGUGUUUUUCGGAUUCAUGCUGUCAAGUGGACCGUGCGGUUUUCUGGCUGAUCGCUACGGCCGUUGGAAGGUGCUACUGCUGGUGACCAUAUGGGGCAGCUAUUGGUCUGGAAUAUCGUCCUUCUCCCCAACCUAUGGCUGGUUUGUCUUUCUCCGCUUCCUCAUGGGCUGUGGCAUCGGUGGCCAAUCCCAGGGGUUUGUGCUGAUGUCUGAGUUCAUGCCAUCCACUGCCAGAGGAAAAGUUCUUCCAAUGAGCCAGGUGUUCUGGGUGCUGGGCUCCCUGCUGGAGGUGGUGCUGGCGUAUCUUAUCCUGCCUACCCUGGGCUGGGCCUGGCUCAUCCGCAUCUCCACCAUCCCCAGCUUCGUCCUUCUCAUUGCCUUUAAGUUUAUCCCAGAGUCUGCACGAUACCUGGUGUCUGCUGCAAAACCGGACAAGGCCCUUAUGACUCUUGCAAAGAUCGCAAAGAUGAACAAGACCACUCUACCCCAGGGCACAUUGGUGGAACCUCCAGCAGAGAGAAGGGGGAACAUAUGGGACUUGCUUGAUAGGCAGUACUUGAGGACUACACUGCAAACGUGGCCAAUAUGGUUUGGAACCACGCUGACUUACUACGGUCUGAUCCUCGUGAGCUCCGAGCUGCUGGAGAGGAACCAGAUGUGCGGGGAUGACAGUGGAACGGCGAUCGAGGACCAUAUCGCUUUCUCUGAGCAGGAGUCGCCGUGCUUCUGCAAGCAGUUUAAAUCCGAGGACUACAAGACACUACUCCUGAGCAGCUUCGGCGAGUUCCUGGCGAUCCCAUUCACGACACUGACCAUCGACACUCUGGGCCGACGGAGGAGCAUGGCCCUCUCGAUGGCCCUGUGUGGACUCUUAUACUACCUCCUCAACAUCUGCACCACGCGGAUGGGACUUACGGUAUUGCUCUUCUUUCUUCGUGCUGUGGCCUCUACCAACUUCAACAUCAUCUACAUCUACACAGUCGAGGUUUACCCGACGAACAUCCGCUCCCUCGGCCUUGGCUCGUGCAGCUCGACGGCGCGCAUCGGGGCCAUGAUCGCACCGUUCGUGGCGCAGGUGAUCCUUGAUAUUUCUCUGCCCCUGGCUCUGUGUCUGUUCGGGAGCGUGUGCGUCAUAUGUUCUGUCUUGGCGUUCACCCUCCCGAUUGAGACAAUGGGUCGAGAAAUGAAGCAAACCAGCUUCGCUUAAACCGCACUUUCGUCGCGACCACUGCUGCUGGACUUCUCGCCACGGAGACAUGCCGUGGACGCUGCUAAAGUCGGAAUGGAAGACCUCGCACCCUCAUGGUUGCAACGCAGACAUUUAACACUAAAAGUGACGCGUAUCCAUGCGCGUCGGGUACAGUGGUAUAUGGUGCUCUGCACAUUCGGCGGCGUUAUAUCCUCUCUCUAAAACGGAACGACGGAAUUGGCGAUGGUGCAGUAUGGCUUGGACGUCUUGGGAACUGGAUAAAAAAUCAUGAUCUGCGGCUCGUGUUUGUGGACACGUAAAUGCUGUUGCUGAUAAGUUCAAGAAGAGUAGUACUGCCCUGUUCCUGGCAGGUUUAGCCUAUGCUAACAGCCGUUGCGUAUGGGCACACAUGGGAUAUUAAAUUUACGUUCGUGGAAGGUUUUUUUUAUUGCACGCUUGGUCGCCAGCACUUGCCUUUAAACUAUUAACCUGGCAAUGAUCCAUGAGCAUAGUUAUGCUGUGUUUUCACAAAGCGAGUUGAGCCAGCCUGGUUUGUAAUUGGGAAUGUGGCCUUGGCCCAGAUCACCACAACUGCCUUAAGGGCCAUCCGUUUAGUACGUAUGCAUGGAGGGGGGUUAACCCAAAUGUGUACGCUUGCGUAUGGGGGGUCUACUGACAAUGUACGUACGUAUAGGAAACGGGGGGGAGAGGGGGGUGAAGCCUCGAUAAUAAUUUGUCUACGUUGGCCUUAAGGUGAGUUAGAUAGUCCAGCGGUGGAUUAUCUGUUUGCUUCGACACGUUAAUAUUAUUAAUCCUUGAUCGUUUCUGCGUGGAUUAAAUA